AUGGGAAGAACGCCCUACGUGGCGGACGAGGAGACAAAUAUACACACCCCGACCACGCCGAUUCGCAAUGACAAGCAUGAUAUGAGCAAGAAGAAUGGUACCAGGGUGGUUCACCCCCCGGACUCUGGGCUGCACGCAUGGCUGUUCCUCACAGGCUCAUUUUUGAUCGAAGGUCUAGCCCUUGGGUUUCCUGGUGCCUACGGCGUCUUCCAGGACUAUUACAUCACACACCCGCCAUUUCAAGAUGCCACAGGUUUACCAUCAGUUUCCACCAGCGCCAUGGGUAUCAUGUACUUGGGCAUGCCUAUUACCAUGGGCAUUCAGCGACUUUCACCUCGAUUGAGUGCCUGUUCGCCUCUUCUUGGCAUCUUUGUCAUGGCUGGCGCUCUUGUGGCUGCCUCAUUUGCGACAACAGUCUCCCACCUGAUCGUGACACAAGGUAUCCUUUUUGCCAUUGGAAGCUCCUUGUCUUACUGCCCUUGCAUUGCCUUUCUCAAUGACUGGUUCGACCGACGAAAGGGCAUGGCGUACGGAAUCAUGUGGGCCGGCACCGGACUGUCGGGAUCAGUGCUUCCCUUUGUCCUCCAAUAUCUUUUGGGUGAAUACGGAUACCAAUACACGCUCAGAGUCUCUGCCGUCGCUCUUGUAGUGAUCACUCUUCCCGUGGUAUACUUUGUCAAGCCUCGACUGCCCUUGAGUCAAUCUGGAGCCCAAGGCAACCCGUUCAACUUUCGCUUCACGUUGAGCCAGACAUUUAUGCUUCACCAGAUAGCCAACAUAUUUCAAGCUUUGGGCUUUUUCCUGCCUAGCAUCUUCCUGCCGACAUAUGCGAGGUCAGUGCUCGGCGCAGGCAAGUUUGUGUCUGCAAGCACGAUUUUGCUCCUCAACCUUACCUCGACGGUUGGAUGCCCAACUAUGGGCUGGCUGUCCGACAAUUAUCAUGUCACUCGAUGUUUAUUCAUCGCAACAGUGGGCGCGUCCUUGGCCACGUUUCUGCUAUGGGGCUUCACGACCACCGUGCCAUCGCUACUCAUUUAUUGUGCAUUCUAUGGGUUGUUUGCGGGCUCAUACACUUCGGCCUGGACAGGCCUUAUGCAGCAGAUCACGACUGAUGAUACCAUCAGUGAGCGGUACUCCUGCGAAGACACGGAUCCCGUCAUGGUGCUAUCGGUGCUUGCUGCAGGAAGAGGCAUUGGAAGUGUUUUAUCUGGUCCACUCAGUCAGGCGCUCGUCGGUGACUACUGGCGUGUGAAGACCUAUGGUGCAUACGGCACGGUUUACGGGCCGCUGGUCAUUUUUACGGGCUUCACUGCUGCGCUUAGUGGAAUUGUUCUAUUUUGGAGACAUAUUGGUUGGAUACACUGA